AUGUCUGAAGAACAAGAUUCAUUUGCAAAUGAAGACAGUGAAGAUGAGUUUGACUGGGAAGAAGUGGAAAUGCCAGCGCAUCAACCGCAAGAACAUCAAGGCUUUGAAAUCACCCUGCAAACGCGUCUAAAACCCGACGCGGUCAAAAAUAAGGGUACAUCCCACGCAGAAAGGCUCAUUCGCAUAGACUGUCAUAAGAUCCAUACCGUCGCUUUGCUCACCAACGCUCGAAUUCGGAACAAAUGGAUAAACGACCCUCUUUUGCAUGCUCGUAUAAUGUCGCUCACACCCCUCCAUUUGCAAAAUGCAUUUGCCAUAAUUCACAAGUCCCGAAUCCCAGAUCAAAACCAGCGAGGACGCACGUUUGAGGCAGCCCUGCGGAACCUAGUAGAGUGGUGGUCCACCUCGUUCUUCGCCGUCGAGCAGGGAGGACAUAUCCGGAGCCGACCAUUCGAAGAGAUCCAGAAACAACUAGAAAUACGUGGUCUUCACGUCAAAGACGAGAAUGACCCAGACGCAACCAUCAACUAUGAGUCUCUCCAGGAUAUAGUUGGCGACGACGGGGAGCAAAUAAGGAGCCCCAAGAGUCUUAUGAAGCACGCUCUCAUGCAGAGCGGAUCAAGGGACACAAGUGCCCAGUUAUUUACUGCACUUUGCCGAGGCAUGGGGAUUCCAGCCAGGCUUGUGGUCAGCUUGCAGAGCGUCCCGUGGCAGGCAGGCGUUGGUAAGCCCAAGCCGACGUAUCAGCGAAAAUCGAAGGGUAAAGGGAAAGGCAAGACGGGAGAAGGCGAUGUUGACGAAGAAAUGGAAGACGACGCUGCCUCCACGUCAGGCAUCGAUACCAAAGGGAAGGGUAAGGCCAAGGAAUUUGCCGGAACUGGACAGAGACUGGACGGAGCUCCUGUCGUCGAGAAAAGCGAGAAGGUCAAGGGCAAGGAAAAGGCCAGACCCGUCAUCAACCUCCGCAAGACUAAAAGCAAAGGCCAAGUCUUGGGAAGUGCCAGCUCAAGCCGUCUUCCGUCUCCUGAUCCAACCACUUCACCCCCCGUUUUUUGGACAGAGGUUUUCUCGCGCCCAGACGCUCGAUGGCUACCCGUCGACCCUAUCCGGGGCAUCAUCAACAGGAGAAAAGUCUUCGAUCCCAGUCCAGCGGCCCAGGCGACGACGGGUGAUUCGACUAGGAAGGUGAAGACGAAACAGGAAAAUCGCAUGGUCUAUGUGAUGGCGUUUGAGGAAGAUGGGUACGCUCGGGACGUAACAAGGAGAUAUGCCCGGGAAUACGGCUCCAAGGUGGCGAAGGUGCAAGGGGGAAGCGCUAGUGGUGGUGGCAGUAAAGCGAGACACGUAUGGUGGCGUCGGGUUGUGGAUAUUGUUAAGAGGCCAUAUCGACUGCACAGAGAUGACUUGGAGGACGAAGAGCUGGAAGCCGCACAGAUGCUGGAGGGCAUGCCCUCUACCAUAUCUGGGUUCAAAGAUCAUCCAUUAUACGUCCUCACACGGCAUCUAAAACACAACGAGACGAUCCAUCCACCCCCACCUGGCACGCCAGAGCUAGGCAAGUUCCGUGGAGAGCCUGUCUACCCCCGCACCUCCGUUGUCACGUUGAAGACGGCGGAGGUCUGGAUGCGCAGUGAGGGAAGGAUGGUGAGGGAAGGCGUGCAGGCUUUGAAGCUUGCGAAAGUGAGAGCGGGGACUGUUAACAAGAUGAGAGAGCUUGAAGUGCUCAAAGAAGAGUUAAGGGAAGCUGGUGGGGAGGGGAAUCAAAAUGGUCAUGGGACGGGUGGUGAGGUAAUGCAGGGCUUAUAUGCGCGAUUCCAAACGGAGCCUUAUGUCCCCGAUCCUAUCGUCGAUGGCAAAAUUCCGAAGAACAAUUUUGGCAAUAUUGACCUUUACGUUCCUUCAAUGCUGCCGGAGGGAGGCGUGCACGUUCCAUUUAAACGCGUUGCCAAAAUCGCCCGAAAAUUAGGGUUCGACUUUGCAGAGGCUGUCACAGGUUUCGAGUUCAAAAAACGCCGAGCGUUUCCUAUAAUCGAGGGUGUAGUCAUCGCCUCUGAAAACGAGGCUGCCUUACUACAGGCAUACUGGGAAGCGGAACGAGCGGCGGAAGAGAAGGCCCGAAUAAAGCGUGAGGAAAGGGUACUCAAGCAAUGGACGCGCCUUGUGCAGGGUCUGCGGAUACGGCAGCGGUUGCAGGAACAGUAUGCAUCGAAGCCAGAGGAGACUCAAGCCAGCAGCACGAGUGCGAACACGCAACAACGUGCUGGUGCGUCUGCUGCUGCUGAUGGCGAUGAUGACCUGCAACUGGGGGAGGAAGCAGGGGCGUCAACUGAUGCGCACGGCAGCGGAUUCUUGGUGGGUGCAGACGAUGUCGUGCAGGCGUUCCAUCUACCAAAAUACACGCACGUCAGAUUACCUUCUACACCCCCACCCCCAGGUGCUGUUGACAGAAAAGAUCUGGAACUUCUAGAAGCGGAGAGUACUCCAGAUUAUACGACGUACGACCUGGAGAUGAUGGAUGUAGAAGAGUCCGAUGCACUAGAAACUCCGAAUGACGUUGGUAUGCAAGAAGAAGAGAGUAGGAUUCCGAAGACGAUGCAGGAGUUGGCUGAAGAUGCUGCGAGGAAGCUGCAGGCUGUUAUUCGCGAUCAAGAUGCCGAGACGUGGACUCGGAGGAAGAAUCUUGAUGGAGGGGAUGGAGAGUAUAGACCCUUGCCACCACCGCCGCCACCAGCGAACAAGAAGGUUGCCAAGAUCACUAUGCCUGCAAGCACUACCACAGUCGCGAGAGUGAUCACCAGGAAUGGUGGCGCCACUAGUAACGUGAAGCCGAAACCAAAACCAAAACCCAAAGCAAGAUCUACGCCUAGAAAACGGGCUCGGACGCGGGAGGACUCUGAUGCGGAUGAAUCCGAUGCUGUAGAAGAGGAGGAAAAAGAGAAACCAAGUAAACGCUCUCGCUCGACUGCUACUGCCGGUAGUAGUAAACCUGCCAUACCUGCCCCAACCAGGACACUCCGACCAAGAGUGUCGAAAACUCGUGCGCAGAUCGAGGAGGAGAGGGAGAAUGAGGAAACGUAUAGACGUGCUGUAGAUGGAGAUGACUUGUAG